UUUUGCAUCACUUCCGCCACCUUAGCUGGUGGAUCUUGCGGGGCGGGGAGUCACGCUGGACGCUAUUGUUUCUCUUCCGGUGCUGGAUGCUCUAUUCGGGAAGGCUUUAGGACCUCUGCGUCCAGCAGUGACAGGCUCUUCCAGUUUCUAGUCUGGUAAGAUUGUGCCGGUACGGUGGCCGAAGAGGUUUGAGCGCGCCGGAAGUAUUCCUCCGCCCGCGCGCCCAGCUAGGCUAGAGACGCACGUGGUGCGGCCGGAGAGAGCAUGUCUUUCCGAGGCGGAGGUCGCGGAGGCUUUAAUCGCGGUGGUGGAGGUGGAGGUUUCAACCGUGGCGGCGGCAGCAACAACCACUUCCGAGGGGGCGGCGGCGGUGGCGGCAAUUUCAGGGGUGGCGGCGGCCGAGGAGGAUUUGGACGAGGGGGCGGUCGUGGAGGCUUUAAUAAAUUCCAAGAUCAAGGGCCUCCAGAACGUGUCGUCUUACUAGGAGAGUUCAUGCAUCCCUGUGAAGAUGACAUCGUUUGUAAAUGUACCACAGAAGAAAACAAGGUGCCUUACUUCAAUGCUCCUGUUUAUUUAGAAAACAAAGAACAGAUUGGGAAAGUGGAUGAGAUAUUUGGACAACUUAGAGAUUUUUAUUUUUCAGUUAAAUUGUCAGAAAACAUGAAAGCAUCUUCCUUUAAAAAGUUACAGAAGUUUUAUAUAGACCCAUAUAAGCUGCUGCCGCUGCAGAGGUUCCUGCCUCGUCCUCCUGGUGAGAAAGGACCUCCCAGAGGUGGUGGCGGCGGUGGCAGGGGAGGCCGAGGAGGAGGAAGAGGAGGCGGUGGCCGAGGCGGUGGAAGAGGAGGUGGUUUUAGAGGUGGAAGAGGAGGAGGCGGGGGCUUCAGAGGAGGAAGAGGAGGUGGCGGAUUCCGAGGAAGGGGACAUUAGAUGUCCAGUUGGCAGACCUGACCACUUGUGUUCCCGCUGCGUGCCUGCUUCUGUGGUUGACGUCUGUCUGGAGCAGCCGUGGGGAUGCCACUCUGUCAGUGGAGCUGAAUCAGCAUCGUCGCAUAGCGACAAGGACAGCAGGACAGUCAGCUUUGCUCAGAGAGAGCACGAAGCCUGCUUUGUACAGGACCUGGCGCUCCGGGGGCUUAAAGGAUGACAGGACUUUUCAUUUGAAGCAUAUUUGGAUUUUUUAAAUAAAAUUUUUUAUUUCUUUAACUUA